AUAGCGACAUUUUCUAAACACUGGUGUUAUAGACAUUCUUUAAAUCAACCUGUAAUUACAUGGCAAUGAUCGGAAAACGGUUAACGUGUAGGAUCAUGCUGAAAUCACGCGUUUUCAUUUUACUUCCCGCACGAGAUCUGGGAUUUGUAGUUCUUUAAGUCUCCAAGUGAGUGGAAUGUAAACAGUAUGAAACUACACACAGUACUUUUCUGCGCAGCCGCAAUAUCACUGUUGGGAUCUAGAAGCGCAUCCCAAAAGUGCCGCAAGGCACAUAUCCAGCCGGAAAUACACAAGCAGAAGUAGCGCAUCCUGGACGUUCUACGGACCCUGCAGUUUGUCGGCCGGAAACGUAAAGAGAAGUUUGCCUCUAUUUAUUUCAGAGAAUAAGGAAGGAUUUCUAGGAAGGAUCUCGAAAUGGCAGAGCGCGCAAACAACUUUCCUCCCCUUCCUCAGUUUCUGAGAGUUAAACCAUGCUUUUAUCAGAACAUUGAGGAGGAAAUCCCUGCAAACCACCAGCAGCUGGUUCGCAGAGUCUACAUACUUUGGAUGAUGUAUUCAGCCACACUGUGCAUAAAUUUGAUCUCAUGUAUUGCGUGGUGGGCUGGAGGUGGAAGUGCUACAAACUUCGGCUUCGCCCUGCUCUGGCUUAUCCUCUUCAGUCCAUCUAGUUACAUCUGCUGGUUCAGACCACUCUACAAGGCCUUCAGGGCUGAUAGCUCAUUCAACUUCAUGGCUUUCUUCUUCGUCUUCUUCUUUCAAUGCAUCUUGGCUCUCAUUCAGACUAUUGGCAUCUCCGGCUGGGGAACAUGCGGCUGGUUUGCCACAGUGACGUUUUUCAGCACCAAUGUGGGUUCUGCUAUAGUGAUGCUUAUCACAGCUCUGCUCUUCACUCUGGUGACUGCUUUAAUGGCUCUGGUUCUGAUAAAGGUGCACAGACUGUACCGUGGAGGUGGAGGUAGUCUGGCACGUGCACAGGAGGAGUGGAGCACCGGGACGUGGAAGAACCCGGCGGUGACACAAGCAGGGUUCAACGCGGUGGCUCAGACCGCCCAGGGCCCCAGCCUGCCCCAGUACCCGGCAGCAGUGCCCAGCUACCCCGACAACAGCCACUGGUGAUAGCCGAGGAUCACCUCUAGAUGGAGGCAGACAGCUGGCCAUUUACAUGGUGCACAAGGAAGAUGAAGAAUUAACACGGCAUUUAAUUCUUACAUGCCAAAAUUCAUAGAUUUUUUUUGAGUGAGUUCAAGAGUUGCUAUAAAAAGUUUUAUUAAAGAAGAGUUUUGCCAGCAAAGCAAAGCUCAUGAAGCCCUACAUGACAGGGGUCAUAUGAAAAUAUGCCAUUCCAUAUCAACUUGUUUACACAGAAUUUAUCAGAGUAAAUCAGACGCAAAUGCAGUUUCAUGUUCUCAUUAAUUUGGUUAGGAAAGUUUAUUAUCUUGCACUUAAUGCAAAUGGAAACUCAAACAGUGUGGCUUGUGUUUCAGGUUAACAGUAUGAAAUGGGCGUGUGCCUUACGGACCUUUUAUGAGAGGAGUUUUUGAAAUUCUGGCAGACCUGCAUGCUAGAAACUAUAGUACGCUUAAGUACAGGGUUUUCUCUUUAAACUGCACGAUAUUUAUCUGGUGGACUUUCCUCUAUGGUUUUAUGUGUACUUUGGCAGGACUUCAGUUUAUUUUUGAUACCGUGCUUGAUAUCUCUACACUUGCCUGCUUUGCCAGUGGUUUCUUGAAAUGCGCCUUAAUAUUACAGAUUUUGCAUGUGAAAGUGAUCUUGCUUGACUUUUGCCUUAAUACUGUUUUUUUUCUUUUUUUUUUUUUGGGAACUGGACUUGUGCUUCAGUGAAGCAACAUGUGGAAAUAUGGUGUGUAAUCUUUACUCAUGUGCCAUAACACUUGCCUCUUUCUAUUAUUUUAAUGUCAAAAAAGUCCCACCCAUUGUCCAUAUUGUGCUGAACUCUGACUCAGUAUUUCUCAUGCUCUCUUUCUGUAUUUCCAAAGCUACACUGUUUGCUUUUAGUGGUCAGUGCCCUGCAGUGAAAGCACCUUAUCAGUAGUUGUCAAUGUUCCAGUCACUUUCACUAUUCCCUACAUAGAGUGAAUUUUCGUGAUUAGUGACUACAUUGUGCCUGCAUGCAGCCUACCGUGGGUGUGGGGCUGAAAAGGGUUUUAAAAAA